GCCUGCAAGACUAAUUCCAGGGCGAAGUGAGUGUUUACGUUGAAGCUGCUUCUCCCAGCGCGCGCCUCUCAUUGAACCGUUAAUCCCAGCGUUUCUCCUCCGUCGCUCUGAAUUGUUAUGGACAGCGAAGGUGCUUCGAUGACAGAGUCCAAAAGAAGAGAGCGCCAGUCCGGUCCAGGCCGUUACAAUUCACACGAUGUUGAAGCUCUGGAGGACUCGGACUCAGGCAUCGGCCUGUGCGGCUGGCUGCUGGUUGGAUUCUCCCUCCUGCUGAUGCUGGUCACUCUGCCCAUCUCCAUAUGGAUGUGCAUUAAGAUAGUGAAGGAGUACGAACGAGCCAUCAUCUUCCGCCUUGGGCGCAUCCUGAAAGGAGGAGCCAAGGGACCGGGUUUGUUCUUCAUCUUACCAUGUACUGACAACUUCAUCAACGUCGACAUGCGAACCAUCACCUUCGACAUCCCGCCGCAAGAGGUUCUGACCAAAGACUCUGUGACGGUGAGCGUUGACGGCGUGGUGUACUACCGGGUCCAGAACGCCACCCUGGCUGUGGCCAACAUCACCAACGCGGACUCUGCCACGCGGCUGCUGGCCCAGACCACCCUGAGGAACGUCCUGGGCACCAAGAACCUGGCGGAGAUCCUGUCCGACCGCGAGGAGAUCGCUCACAACAUGCAGUCGACUCUGGACGACGCCACAGACGACUGGGGGAUCAAGGUGGAGCGCGUGGAGAUCAAGGACGUGAAACUGCCUCUGCAGCUCCAGAGAGCCAUGGCGGCCGAGGCGGAGGCGAGCCGCGAGGCCAGAGCCAAGGUGAUUGCGGCUGAGGGCGAGAUGAAUGCGUCGCGGGCCCUGAAGGAGGCGUCCCUGGUGAUCUCUGAGUCCCCAUCGGCUCUGCAGCUGCGCUACCUGCAGACCCUCAACACGAUCGCCGCCGAGAAGAACUCCACCAUCAUCUUCCCGCUGCCGCUGGAAAUGAUGCAGAGCCUGAUGAAUCGCUGAGGAAGAACGCCGCCCACACACACACACACACACACACACACACAUGUUUGCGUGGCUAUUUUUGUGGGGACUUUCCAUUGACUUCCAUUCAUUUCUACAGCCUAAACUUUACCUUUACCCUUUUCCCAACCCUAAUCAUCACAUACCUAACCCUAAUCCUAACCAAAACUCAAUUCACACCUUAGUCUUAACUCUGACCCAAAAACAGGGUUUCCCCUUGUGGGGACCAGGCUCCGGUACCCACAAGGAGCAAUUAGUCCCCACAAGUAUGUGUCAGGAAAAUCGUCCCCACAAGGUAUUACAAACACGCGCGCACACACACACACACACACACACACACACACACACACACACACACACUCCCAGUCUGUCCUGACAUUGUAACACGACUGUUUCUUCGCUGUCAGAUCUCUCUUGCCAACAUCAACAGUAACUCUGAAGAAUCUGAAUUAAUGUGAGCUACAGCAACAUUUAAUUUCCCUUUGGGAUCAAUAAAGUAAUUUCCAACGCCGCCGUGACAGCGUUUCACCACACGAGUCACAUGACUAUUAAAUUCAGUACUUUAACUUUGAAAGGUCCAGAGUUCCCAGUAGAGAAAGCGCCACGUUAACUGGUGUUAAAAAAACUAACUGGUGAUUCUUUGAUUCGUCGCUUUCAGUGCCUUGCAAAACUAUUCACACCUCCUCAUCCUCAUCUGUUCCUCACAUCCACAAAACCUCAGUGUUUCAUUAGGAUUUAAUUAAACACACUGUAAAAACACAAAAUAUUACCAAGUAUCUUUGGUUUAGUUUCUACAGUAAAUAAUUUAUUACUUUAUUAAUUAAUUUAUUAAAUAAAUAAAUUGUUGUUUAGCUUCAUCCAUUAACUCUGACCAGCUGUAGAAAAUGACCCCGCAGCAUGAUGCUGCCACCACCGUCUGCUUACAGAUUACUCCAUAAGCUAACUGACUACUGGAAAACGUAACUAAUGGAUUUGGGAAUGGAUUCAAUUUAUGGGAGAUAAAUGCCACACUUAACUUUAUUAUUAUCCAUUUAUCAGUGAAACGUUUCCAGUCUUCAGGCUGGGUUCGGACGCUUGUACAUAGAUACUAAAAGCUUUCUAUCAACCCAGAGUACCUGAAGUAUUUAUACUCACUUAUAGACUAGAAAUUCGUAAAAGCCAUUAAAACCCAGCGUGUAACAGUUCAUAGGUCACUGGUGCCUUUCAUUUGAUCUAACCUUCAGUUUUCUUACUUUUUACAAAAACAGGGCCUACAAACCUUUCAGCCAGAAGCCUUAACUCACUGCCAACCUCACCUGUUGUUUUUGUCUGCUGGGGGGAAUUUAUUUAUAUUUUCAAUGUAAACACGUGUUUAACUUUUAUAUUAACCUGUGACGUACAAAAUGCAUCCCUGUUUGCUCGACUGUUGGUAGUUUAUGCAUCCCGUAGGUUUAGCUGUUAUUUAACACACAGAUCAGCCGUUGCAUUAUGACCGCCUUCCUAAAGUAGCAGCUCCCAUUUUUCACCAGGAUGCUUUAGUGGAUUGAUAAAACAUCCAUCUGCACUGAAAUGGUUUUCCUUUCAUUUGGUGUGAAUCCUGGGGGAGGUUGGCCACGCCCACCAAAUGUUGCCGGAUUAGAAUCAAUCAUGACGAGUUUGGUGCCAAACGAAUGGCAACGGUGUGACAUCUGACUUUGCCUUGCUGCCAUGGCAACGCUCUCCAGUGAAAACUAUUUGAGCUUUAAAGCCAAGGAGACCAACUUGUUAUCUGUCCUCUGACACAAGAUCAUGUUGAUUAGAGAAAGAGGGUUGGAGAUUAAGCUUUCCCAGAAAAAUGGUGACUUCCUGUUGUGAGGGGGGCGGGGAUCGGAUGAUGCAGCGUUUGACCACAUCAGAUUAUUGGACAACUGAGGCGGAUCGUUCUUACUAACUUUGGUGUAAUGGAGUCUAUGUAAAAGUUAAAGCGUGUCGGAAUGUUUGGCGAGAAGGCCAGCUUUGAGCUGUGGCCCUGCCCCUCUGACGCUCACAAAACCCAAACUUUUGAUAACUUUAAUCCCCAAAUCCUUCAGGACAAAUUGACCAAGAAGGAAGCCAAUACCUCCAAAUCCCUAGGAGGACUUUGAUAAAGUUUAACAUUUAUGGAAAGUCAGAAAUGACACUUUGAUCCAAAAUGGCCGACUUCCUGUUUGGUAUAGGACAUACCUUUUGGGUGGUUCUACCUAUAAAGCAAGUCUCAUCUCUCUAUAAUUUACCAGUUGGCCAAUCUAAGGUUAGGGGGCGCUGAAGAGUCGUUUGGUCACGCCCAUUUUAAACUCCAUUAAAGUACUACAAUUUCAGUCAGUGACAAAUUUAGGUAAAAUUUAUUAUGUUUAGACUUCUAAGAUCUUUUUUUGUGUCGAGAGUUGUAAUAAGAAAAAUCUGAAUUACAAUGGCACUUUCAAAAAUUUGAGUCUGGAGCCUUUUUCACUUCCAACCGUCAGUGGUCAUAAUGUUCUGCCUGAUCAGUGUGUGCUGUUGUAGCACUGUGGAAAGUAUCUGUUACAUUUUACUGCUGCAUGUUGUUACUGUUGACAACUGGAGGACUGUUUCUUUUUUACUGAGUCAAGAAGAAGAAAAGCCUUCAACCUGGGCUCUUCUGCCCCCUGCUGGUCAACGCCGCACUGUUCUCUGUCGUAGUAUACUUUAAUUUUAUAUUUUCAUUCUUGCUCAUCAGUUUUUACAUGUCUACUGUUGGAAAAAACAACAUAAAUUUAAAGCAUUUGCCAAAACGCCUUUACACAACACCAGAUUUGAGGUUGUGUUCAAGGUUUAUGCUUGCAUUUUAUUUUUUUACCUUCAUGUUUGCUAUGAUUUUAAAUAUGAAACAUAUACAUGACUACUUUAAAUAAAGAUGUAAUCAACAGA